CUUUAUCGUCCGCGGGAAACAUAUUAAUUAUAAAUACGUGAAAUAAGGCUUAACCUUGGAUUUUUUGUUUAUAUUUUUUUUGGGGUUUCAAGAAAUUUCAACGUUUGAUCGUUAUCUUUUCUCACUCGUGUACUCCAUUAAUACAGCAAUAGUUCCUUGUUUGCUCUUUUCUGUCCUUUUUGCUUUCUUUUGAAAACCAAGAUUUCAAUCUUUCUGGGUUUGAUGGUCAUGUGUUUUUUGUUUGGAAAUAUUGCUUGAAGUUGAUGAUUAUGUAUCAGCAAGGUUCAGAGUUUGUGCAUUGGAUUCUGGGGCACCCUUAUCAUUCUGCAUAUCAUAGUGACAUGAUACAGCAUGAUGCUGGUGACAUCUAUCAUCAUGCACACUAUUAUAGAGGUCAAACCGAUACACAAAGCAGCCAGAUAGAGAAUGAUGAGGUCAUUGCUCGUACCCUUCAGGAAGAAUUCUCACAUCUCGCAGUGGCAGAAGCUUCUGAAUUUUCUUAUGCUGGAGAACAGCAGUUGCAAGCAUCCAGUGAACCUCAUGAUUGGCAUGGUCCAUCAACAAGGGCCAACUAUUAUUCAGGCUAUGAGUAUGGCCAGGAUGAAUCUGAUGAUCCGGUGCCAACUAGCUCAUGCUCUAGCCCCAGUGAUUCAGAGGAUUGGUCCUGCUCUUUGGAGCUGACUGAUGGAUAUUUACUAGAUGAUGAUGAAGUAGGCAAAAGGUUGAACCAAAUGAUUCCUAUUCCUCAUGUCCCUAGAAUCAAUGGUGAAAUACCAUCAAUUGAUGAAGCAAUGUCUGAUCAUGAAAGGUUGUUGAGCAGAUUGCAGCUAUACGGUUUUGUUGAGCUCAAGGUUCAAGGAGAUGGUAACUGUCAGUUCCGUGCACUGGCAGAUCAGUUAUAUCAUACACCUGACAAUCACAAAUAUGUGAGACGACAAGUUGUGAAUCAGCUUAAAUCUCACCCAGAGGCAUAUGAAGGAUACGUCCCUAUGGAUUAUGCUGACUAUUUGAAGAGGAUGUCAAAGAGUGGCGAGUGGGGUGAUCAUGUUACACUGCAGGCAGCUGCAGACUCGUAUGGUGUGAGAAUUUUUGUUAUAACUUCUUUUAAGGACACUUGUUACAUCGAGAUUCUUCCUAACACUCAGAAGUCAAAAGGAGUCAUUUUCUUGAGUUUUUGGGCCGAAGUUCACUACAACUCAAUCUACUUUCAAGAUCUUCCCCCAGCUGAGGUUCGGAGGAAGAAAAAAUGGUGGAAUAUUUGGAACUAACACAACAAAGAUGAGCCAAGCUGUUCGAUUGCUGGAAGACAUAAUUGAGUCCCCUUUGAACAAUCAUAAUAAAAUUUUCCUUCACAACAUGGUAUCUAAUGCCACUUUAUAUUGCAAGAAAGAGAAGGUAUUAUGAUUUUUUUUUUUGGGGGGGGGGGUACCUUCCCUUGAAUGUUACAGGCAUUCAGAGCUCCAUUUUUUGCAUACACGAAAGAAAUCAAGCAGGAAUAUAUCUGUUAUUCGUACUUAUUCU